AUGAAUGACUCAAAAUAUGGUGUCGAUGAGAAGGGUUUAUUCGCAGUGGAAAAAAUUUACAAAGGUGAAGAAUUGAUUUACGAUUAUGAUCCUUUGGUCGAGGAAUGGCCAUUUUAUCCGAAUAAUGAUAAACGAGGAAAAUACACCAAAGCAGAAUUAUUCAAGUUGAUUGAAAAUAACCCAAAAUUAAGCAAACUCAUUAAUUAUCAAGCAUACAUGAUUGACGAUAAUCUAUUCAAUGUUCCAUUUAAAUAUGCAGUCAUGGAUUCUGAUAAUGUUAAUGAUUGUGAAAAGCGUUUUCCCCAUACUUUAUUCAUUAACCAUUCU